AUGAAUGUGCGCAUCGCCUACUCUGGGAAGUGCAACCCAGCUUGCUACCCGCCUGGAUCCAGCGUCGAGGGUGAUUGGAGCAGCGUGCAGCCCUACUGCGUCGUCGGCCUGACGUUCCGAAACCUGGCGGAGGCCACUUUCAACGGGUACCCCCAGGCCUGCUCCGCUCCCGGGGUGUGCGACUACGGCGAUCGCGACGGCGAAGUCAUGACCUACAUUCCCACCACCGGCGGGAAGGGACUGAGUGUGACCGCCGCUGCGGCCAACACUGCCAUGCCAUCGGGAUCCGCACCGGCCCCGUAUGACUAUGUUGAGGCCCUGUCCAAGGUCCUGGUUUACCUGGACGGCCAGAUCUCUGGAAAGAUCGAGCCCAAGGCCCAGCGUCUGACAUGGCGCGGCGACUCCUGCCUGACCUGCAAAGGAAAGUAUGGCGAGGACCUUACUGGCGGGUAUUACGAGUCCGGAGGCUCCAGCAUGAAGAUGAGCGUCGUUCACAAUUUCCAGGUCUCCCUCAUGGCUUGGGCGGGUGUGUUCUUCAAGAAGGGUUUCCAGGCGUCUGGGACCAUGGACGAGCUCAAGUGGAAGGUCAAGCAUGGCGCAGACUACCUGCUCAAUUCCCUCGUCAGUCAGGACCCCUGCAUCUUUGCCGGCGCCAACGGCAAUUCCACACAGGAUUUUGACAACUUCUCACCCCUGGAGUACUACGAGCAGUAUGUGGGGCCCCGCCCCACCGGCUACUUCACCGCUGGCGAUCCGGGCAGUGAGGCCACUGGGGGCGCCGCCGCCGCCCUGGCAGCUGCCGCCUACCUGCUCAAGAGCGACAUGCCAGAGUGGUACAGCUCGACCAUAGCGAAGGCCACUGCCCUGUAUGAGUUUGCCUCCACCAACCCCAAGUCUUUCAAGACGUCCUCCGACCCAGUCAUCAAGCUCAUGCAAGCCCUGUAUGCGACAGACGGUGACUACCAUGACGAGCUGACGUGGGCCGCUGCCUGGCUGUACAAGGCAACCGGGAAGAAGAAGUUCCUGAGUGAGGCCGAGAAGUGGUGGGCGCAGUCUACCUUCCACAACACGCUGGAGGUCUGGAACUACUACGGCGCCAACGCCGUCUUGCUCGCCUCUCUGGACCCCGGCAAUGGCGCCUACGCCGCAGGCGCUCGCCAGUUCUUCGACCAGUACCUGACCGGCGCGAUCGGGCACACCCUGGGUGGCGCGGCAUACCCCUACCACUGGUCCUCCAACAUGCACGUGGCCAAUGUGGCCAUGCUGGGUGCCAUGCACGCCGAUGCCAUGGCGGCGGCCGAUGCCGGCUACGCCGCGCGCCUGCUCAAUUACGCCCACUUCCAGGUCGACUACCUGCUGGGCGACGUGGGGCGCAGCUGGAUCGUGGGCUUUGGCAACGACUACCCCACCUACCUCUGGCACAAGCCCUCCUACUUCUCCACCUCCACCUGGACCGAGGCCAUGGGGGAGAAGUUGUGGACUGGGCGUGACGUCGGGCCCUGGUCCUCCAAGCAGACAGGGACCGACAAAUUCCUGCAGCGCGGCCAGAUGGUCAUGAUCUCCAGCCUGCAGCCGCAGCCGCACAUCGCCUACGGCGCGGUCUGGGGCUCGCCGCUGUACAACGAUGGGCUCAUCGCCAGUCGCAAGGACUACACCUAUGCGGAGCCAUCCAACCCCGCCAACACCGCCAUCGUCGGGGCGCUGGCCCACAUGGUCCAGUUCUACGGACUGCAGGGCCCCUACACCGGCGACAUGGACGAGGUACUGGACGUCGACUACUCCGACCUGCUCUCCAGCGCCUGA